AUGAUAUCACGAGCAUCAAGAAGUCAUUUUCAGCGAGAUACCGAGUCUAAAUUGGAAAAUACCCAGCUGCGCACAAAUCCAUCAUGUCUGCCCAACGAGUAUGUAUUCCAGAGCCUGUAUCUCAAUCUCACAUGCACUCGCCAAGAUGUUAUACUUGUGCUAACCGAAACAUGCUACGAAGAUUGCAUACAAAGUCCACGGCACAGUUCAAGGCAAGCAUCUGCCCAUGUGAUGUUUCUGAUAUACUCUGCGUGCAUUCAUAUUAACAUCAAGCUUACAGGCGUCGGAUACCGUGACUUUACACAAAAGCGCGCCGCUGAAUUCGGCCUCAAGGGCUGGGUGAAGAACACCACUGACGGGCUGGUCGAAGGAGAAGCCCAAGGCGAUCAAGACUCCGUACAGAAACUCAUCCAGGAACUCGGCAAGGGGUCUCGUCUUGCACAUGUGACAAAGCUGCAGAAGAAGGACAUCACGCCUGAGGAAGGGGAGAGUCACUAUGCUGUGAGACGGACGUCGGAUUCGGUGGUUAAUUUUGAAUAG